AUGACAUCUUCCGAUGUGAUACCUGCCAAGAGCAGGAGGGUGAGGACGGGCUGCCUAACAUGUAGAGAAAGACACCUAAAGUGUGACGAAGGUACGCCAGAUUGCCUAAAUUGCCGGAAAAGCAAUAGGGAGUGUAAACGAGGCGUGCGGCUCAACUUCAUUGAUAUGACUUGCAAAGAACCACCUUAUAUCCCUACAACAGAAGAAUGGGCAGUUCAUUUUCAAGACGAGUCGCGCCUUAUUGCUUCGGAAUAUAAAGGAGGAUUAGGAAGAUAUGCCAAUCUUGACAGUCGACCCCCCUCCCCUCCGCGAGAAUCUAACUUUAAACCAACAUCUCAACUUCAGCCAGGCGCAGUUGAAAGCCUAGAUCCUCAAGUUAAGGUAGAGAGUAGAUCUACGACUGUAGUGUCUCCGCCGCAUAACUAUUAUAGUGAUCGCAGCCAGACACAUCUGGAUCUUGUAACUAGCAACCAUUUGCGUUCGCGGAAGAGCAGUGAUGCUUCUUUCAUGGCACCUCCAGGCCACGGGCGCUCAGCCGGGUAUAGCAGCAUAAUUUCCGAUCCUUUCAGCUCUUCCAAAAUUGAAAGCAACCGCUCUGCAUCACACAACGGGUACCGAAGCGAUGACGUCUCGACAGCAGCCUCAGUGGCAGGAUUCACUGGCGUUGGGCCACCGUCGACCUUUAGAGGAGGCUCGGGAGACAGCAAUGUAGAACCGGAUGCUGAUGUAGGCAUUAUGACUCCCUCAAGCGAAAAGUCGGGGGAACGAGAGUAUCUCAACUCGCCCGAAGAGUUGCGGUUUAUGCAGGUAUUCGUCUCUGAAGUGGGUAUUUGGAUGGAUAGUCUUGACAAGGAAAAGCACUUCUCGCGCCAAAUCCCUUAUCAUGCGCUCAAGUGCCCCAUGCUGCUCAAUGCACUCCUCGCAUGCGGAGUGAAGCACCUAACUCUGACACAGCAAUAUGGCGAUGAUAAGGCACUCUUCUAUUACGAUACAGCGACGACCCAACUCCUGCGCAGCUUACAGAAUCCCGAGCGUGACACUGCCGAGUGUGCAACUACCGCCGUAGUGCUCAAUGUGUACGAAAUCAUGAGCGAUAAGCCGACCAAGCGGAUGAGCCACAUUGCGGGUGCGCGGGCUCUCAUUCGUGAAUGCGGUUGGAAUGCUAAAAGUAAGGGUCUGGGGGCAGCGUGCUUUUGGUUAAACGUGGGCAUGGAGCUUCUCUCAUGUCUAGCAUUCAACUGGCAGACGGCAUGGGAACCAGAAAAAUGGGGUCUCGAUAUGGACUUCAACACGGAGAAGGACACCGGAAACGAAGAGGUUUGGGUGCACCGAAUCUUCUAUAUCGUAGCCAAGAUCGCCAACUUCCGUGCCAGCAUCCCCAAAUUUCAAGAGCCCAGCCCUCACGACGAACAAGUUCGGCUACAGGCCAGGUACGCAGAGUGGCAGCGGCUCAAGAACAUGUGCGAUGACUGGAACAACUCGUGCCCUCGUCCUAUGCACCCGUUCGGAUACUUAUAUCCUUCUCAGCAAACUGGUGCAAAUAAUUCGUUGUUUCCUAACGUCUGGCUCAUAAAACGUGCCGCUAUUGUUGGCAGGCUUUAUUACCAUACAGCACAAUGCUUGCUUGCGCAGAUAAACCCAAUUCUUCCUAAAAACUCCGAGGAAGCGCGUAGAGUCCAGCAACAUCAUGCUCAUCAAGUCUGUGGUAUCGUAGCGCACACCAAAGACCGCGGGGUUGCUAGCGUUUCGAUUCGUUCCUUAGCUAUUGUCGCCGAGAUCUUGACCGACCUCGCCGAACAGCAGGAAGUAGUAGCAAUCUUAGAGAAAAUCGAUCACGAAACAGGCUGGAAGCUUUCAGGUGUCAUCCAGGGCCUCAAAAAGACUUGGGGCUGGGAAAAGAUGGGACAGAAGGGACUCGUAGCGCAGUUCUUACCUCGAGCUGGCAGUGGCAAUAAGGCGGCGAUGGGCCUAGAAGAACACUACCGGCGGAUGGAGUCCAUCCAUGCCAGCCUAACUACUACUACACCUUCACAGCAUCAAAUGAUGCCCACUGUUCCGCAGCCAGGAUCUCAACAGUUAGCAGCGCCGCGGCCGAUACAUGUCAAUCCAUUGAGCUUUGCCGAUUUCAGUCUCCCAAACCAUCCUUACCAAAAUUGGUAUGAACCACCCAGUCGGUCGAACGCUUAUAGUUCACAGGGCCUCCUCUAA